AUGAAGACAAAACUGAACACCUGCAAUGUACGGUCUCUGCUGCUUGUUUUCCUGGUGUGGGACCCAGCCAGGUUGGUGCUGGCUAACAUCCAAGAAGAUGAGGCUAAAAAUAACAUUACCAUCUUUACAAGAAUACUAGACAGACUUCUGGAUGGUUAUGAUAAUCGGCUUAGACCAGGACUGGGAGACAGUAUUACUGAAGUCUUCACUAACAUCUACGUGACCAGUUUUGGCCCCGUCUCAGAUACAGAUAUGGAAUAUACAAUAGAUGUUUUCUUUCGACAAAAAUGGAAAGAUGAGCGUUUAAAAUUUAAAGGUCCUAUGAAUAUCCUUCGACUUAACAAUUUAAUGGCUAGCAAAAUCUGGACCCCAGAUACUUUCUUUCACAAUGGGAAAAAGUCGGUGGCUCAUAACAUGACAAUGCCAAACAAGCUGCUUCGAAUCCAGGACGAUGGGACACUGCUCUACACCAUGAGGCUUACAGUCCAAGCUGAAUGCCCAAUGCACUUGGAAGAUUUUCCAAUGGACGCACACUCAUGCCCACUGAAAUUUGGAAGCUAUGCAUACACAACCUCAGAAGUCACUUAUAUUUGGACUUAUAAUGCUUCUGACUCCGUUCAGGUUGCUCCUGAUGGGUCUAGGUUAAAUCAGUAUGAUUUGCUGGGUCAGUCAAUUGGGAAGGAGACUAUUAAAUCCAGCACAGGUGAAUAUACUGUAAUGACAGCUCAUUUCCACUUGAAGAGAAAAAUUGGGUACUUUGUGAUCCAGACCUAUCUGCCUUGCAUCAUGACUGUCAUUCUCUCCCAAGUGUCAUUCUGGCUUAACAGAGAAUCUGUGCCUGCAAGAACUGUGUUUGGAGUGACAACUGUUCUAACAAUGACAACACUGAGCAUCAGUGCUCGAAAUUCUCUCCCCAAAGUGGCUUAUGCUACUGCCAUGGACUGGUUUAUUGCUGUUUGUUAUGCUUUUGUGUUUUCUGCCCUAAUUGAAUUUGCAACUGUUAAUUACUUCACCAAAAGAGGAUGGGCUUGGGAUGGGAAGAGUGUAGUAAAUGACAAGUCCCCUUCAAAAAAAUCUGAAGUCAUUACAUUAACACACAACUCAGUGAAGGCAAUUCUUCAAGGAGCUAAACUAAUAUGGUCCAAGUUUCUAGCUUUCUCAUGGCCCAGUUUAAGACAAGCAAAGCCUUUAGAGUACUUAGAGAAGCGGAUGUACUGUUUAACCUUCACCCACUCUUCUGUAAAAAAAGAGAAAGGUUCCGUCAUGAUACAGAACAAUGCCUAUGCGGUGGCUGUUGCCAACUACGCCCCAAAUCUUUCCAAAGAUCCUGUUCUCUCCACCAUCUCUAAAAGUGCAACGACGCCAGAACCCAACAAGAAGCCAGAAAACAAGCCGGCUGAAGCCAAGAAAACCUUCAACAGUGUCAGCAAAAUUGACAGAAUGUCUAGAAUAGUUUUCCCAGUUCUGUUUGGUACAUUUAACCUAGUUUAUUGGGCUACCUACUUAAACAGGGAGCCUGUUUUAGGGGUCAGUCCAUGA